AGUUGGUAGAACUUUCAAAUAGCUACGAUGUAUUGCUCUACAAGAGAGAGACUUAUGACGUUCUCAACUUCCAAAUUGCUGUACUUGUGUCUAGUGGGAGCUGUGAGUAUAACAUCUCUUUCGUUUUGUACUUACUUCAUCAAAACUUUCCUGGACGACUAUUUAACCUACCCCACUGUGUUGAAAGUGGAUAUGGACAUGGGAGAACACUUAACAUUCCCUGCUGUAACGAUCUGUAAUCACAACAGGAUAAGCAUUUCGAAACUGGAAGAAUUGUGUUUUAAUGAGAACUACAAUUUAAACCAUUCAAUCUGUAAUGCGACUUUUCAGACAAUAUUGAAUUCUCCGUUGAAUAUGAAAAUACCGUACAGUACGAAUCUGUUUUCGAUGGCUGAAAGCUGCUCCGAUGGGGACUCUUACUAUGAAAGCGAACCUACUCAGCUGAGAAGGCCAAAUAAAGUGUUUUCGUGCCUUGCGUUACCGGAAGCUCAAAUUGAAACAACCAGUUUACAACCUGAAGAGAUAAUCAAGAAGUGUGUUUAUGAUGGACAACACUGCGACGCCCGAAAUUUCUCGAAAUUCUGGACGUACCUCCACGGAAACUGUUUUACCUUUAAUGAUCAGUGGAACAACGAAACUCAUGACCGACUGGUUGUGGCGACGGGAGCGCUAUCUGGACUAGAGAUCUUGCUUGACAAGUUGGACGAAAGUUCCACAGAUAUAGACAUAACUGUGAAAGGAUACAAGGUCUUAAUACACUCUCCGAAUGUUACUCCAGAUGUGGAAAAUGAUGGUGUUCUUAUUGAGCCAGAUUCAACAACUUAUAUUGCACUGGAAAAGGUUUGUUUCUCCUCUAUAUGUUAAAUUACUCUUAUGUGUUCUGGUAAUACGCUGUCAUAAAUGGUUAAAGAUCCACGUGUUUACAGUAAAUUUCUGAGUUGUAAACUGAUCAAUUUGAGCUUACUAGAUGGCUCAGAUACUUAGAGAAGAAACGAUUAAUGAUGUACCUUUUCACGACCCAUGGUAACGAUAGAAUGAUGAGUGCUUAGAGAUUAGAACCCUUCAUCAACCACCACUGAUGCUCUAUGUGAUGAUUAUGAUCACUGACUACUGGUUUGUAGCAAAGUUUUCACUGUUGUUGAGAGUUGUAUCAGAAACAUAUAAUGUUCUUCGAUUGGACCUUUUAUUAACUGGCUCCUCCACCUCCUUCAUCUUUACUUAGAACACCUUUACGGGAUGAUCAUAACACAUCUGAUGAGGGCUCCUCAACUGUUAAACCUUCAAGUGUUAUUUCCAUUACCUCCACCAGUGGUCCCCCACCAGCACACCAGAGCUCAACAAGUAGGGUUCCAGUUACUACUAGAACGCUUGAUCUAAGAGUUAAACCCACCUCAACACAUUCUGGUACCACUUGUGUAAACACUACAUCCUCAAAUCCAGAAUCCUUUGGGUCAUCUUCAGCUCCCAUAGAUCUUGUUUUGGAGAUUCUUCUUCAUUUAAUCCACUUCAUUUGUUGCCAGUGUACUCUGACUGCUCUUAUUAUUAUCUUGUUCAACUGUUUUAUAUGUGUGUGUUCUUGUGAUACAGCUUGUCCUUCAUGUUUUUAAUCCCACCUUAUCUACAUCCUUGUGGUUUCUUUCCUUUUAGACUCUACUUUUUCUACUUUGUCUGUUAAUGCUUAAUUAUUUUGCAGUUAGGAUAAAAAAAAUAUAUAUUUUUUUCUCACACGAUUCCUUUGUUGGAGAACAUUGAUGGCUCUGUCAUUCUGUCUUCCCUGAAAUUUUGGCUUUGUAGUAUGAUUAUUAUUUAUCUUAAUCCAUUAGGAAUCUCUCCAAUCUGUAUUUGUGGAUAUUUCUCAUCCGGGCACUUCACUAAUAUUGUGUCUGUGCCAAUCUGUCCACCGUUAUAAUCUUAGAUGUUCUUUCCAAGAUGGUGGUAUAUAAUGCUAUCAUCCUUAUAGUUGACGUGAGCAGGCUUUUUUAAAGUGUAUGUGUCUGUUAAAACUGACUUCUGAAGAGAGUUUAUAUCACUCCGUUUCACCGUCUGCUUCGCGGGUUUUGUGUUAGUCUGCAAUUAAUUGUAAGCGUAUGACACCUAAUAUAUUUAGUAUAUGUAGCUGUCCCUUCAUGUGAUCUUACGGCCAGAUCACUAUAUUUUAUUGGUAUAGCAUAGUACAUUAUGCACUUCUUGUAGUUACUAGGCCCAAAGCCGUGCAACGUGUUAUUGAAUGCUAUCUGAGGGUAAUUACAAUGUCUUUGGACCCAAAUUCCUGAUCUGCUCUCUUCUCUCCUAAGCCCAACCUUUUUUAUGUGGAUUUUAGUGAUAUUUCUGCAUUUAAUUUGAAUGUUUAUUUAUGAAAUAAAAAUGAAUUUCAAGUACAGUCUUAAUUGUAAACAUAUAACCAUCCUUGCAUUCUACUCAUUUAUAUGCAUAUGCGAACACAUGGGAGAGAACAGUUAGUUGAAGAUGUGUUAUCAUUCUGGACGUAAUAUCAUUAACGUAACAUAUUAAAGGUCAGAAAAACACUUACGCGAACGUUCAGUGGAAUUUAGUGGAAUUUUUUAAUUUUCCAAAAUGGUAAAUGCUGUAUUUUUACAGAGCGUGUGCCUAGGUAUAAAAUGUACUCAUUCACCCUAAUCCAAAUACACUGAAAGCUCCAAUAUCAGUAUCAAUACUUCACCACAAAAUUCAACCACUGAGAAAAAUCUGACGUUUCAGCUGUAAAGUGUUGUGAGAACAAAUGAUUAAAAAGAAGUUGAACGCAAGAAUGGUGAUCAUUCAGUAAAGCUAAUUGCUGAAAGAAAUUAUAUUGAUUAUAGGGAUUAAUCGUUUUAAUUAAUAAGCUCAGAGAUUUUUAAGCAAAUGAAUUUCUUAAGGUUAAUAUAUACGUCAUUGUUAGUAACAUAAAAAAACUUACUGAAGAAAUAUCAUAAGAAAAAAAUAAAAUAUAUGCAUUUUGAAUCACUUUGAUUUCGACUUAUGUGUUAGUACAUAUUUGAUUUUCACAUAUGUUUGAGUUGCGGCGCUGCAGUUCCUUGUACCAAUGAUGAGACUUUGAGUUAGUUUAUAUAAAAAGAUAAUUAACAAGAUAUAUACUGUUAGAAGUCCAGAACUUUAAAUAAGUUAACUCGAGAGAAAGAGGUGAAAUGAUAUAUUUAGUUAAGUCUAGGAUAUCAAACAAUAAAGCUCAAUAAAAGCUAAUAUUUUGUUUUUAUUUUCUCCAACGAUCACCUUUCAACGUAUGACUGAGCCAUUCGUUGACAGAUGUGGCCAGAACCACGUGAACAUAAAGGGAUACUACGAUAGAGAGACGUGUCUUCAGAUUUGUACACAGCUACUAAGGAAUGAAACGUGUGGAUGUGGUGAUCCAAGAGUACCGUUACCUGAUGAUGUGGCACCGUGUUUACUUAAUGAAACCACAAAUGUUUGUUGUUUGGAGGAAGUACGAGCGCAUCUGUCCUCUGGGAAAAAGAAAUGUGACUGCCCACUCUCUUGUCUAGAAAAUACUUUCAAAAUGACUGUGUCCAUGAGCAGUAUCGACAGGAUGAAGAAUGCUGUUUCUUCAAGUUCCGAUAAAUCAACUAUAAAUAUUAUAAAAGUAUACUUUCGAACAAAGGAAACUGUUAUUUACAGCAGUACUCCAAAAUACCAGACCCAGGAUAUUCUGAGCUCCGUUGGUGGACAAAUUGGACUAUGGCUUGGCAUUUCCAUCAUUAGUACGUUUCAGACAAUCAUGCAUUUAACACGACGCGUCUCAAAUCGCUACAAGAACAGAAAGUCUCCGGUGACUACUAUAGCAGCGUCACCUGGAAGAAAUAAGUCCACCUGGGACGACACAGGAAACUGAAGGACGGGAAGUAAUGUAGACAAAGAAGGGUUCAUGAAUAAUUUUCAGAUAUGUUGUAAUAUUUUCUUUUGUUUUCUGAUGCAUGCUGAUAAACCACAAAAUGUUAUUUUAGUUUGCAUUGUUAUACGAUAAUUUUUCUGUUAUUCGAGUGUGUUAAUAUCGUUUCCUUUUGUUUUUGAUAUUUCGAGUUUAAUUUUAGGAAAUGAUCAAAUAAAGGGUCACUGUUUAGAGAUUUUAUUAAUUUGGCACGGCACAGCAGGAGGUUUGGGAGGGAUCAAUUAAAUGGACAUCCGAGAUAGAAUCCAAAUAAUUGGUUUCCCGGGGUACUCGAGGAUAAAGAAAAUCCUCCUUCGCCCCACUCGCGAAAUUAAUUACAAGAAACGUAAAAAAAAAAGAAACGCAUGUUAAUGCAUGCAAUGCAUGUACAUAUAUAUAUAUAUACACUUACUCGCGAGGAAUGUAAGAACGUGAGAGGCACGAGAGGCAGAAGUGAAGAGGUUAAGGCAAGGUAUUCAAAUAAAUUGGCCCUUUUCGGGGGGACGGGAAUCUGUAGAUCCUAUGUCCGAUUUAAUUUUGAUGGGGGGGGGCGGAUUACCCGGAGAAAAGCCACUUUCACUAGAUGGGGGGGGGGGGCACUAAUAAGUUCCUAACUAGUGCCUAAGAUGUAGACUGUGGAAGAUUUGUUGAGUUAGAUGCUGUGUUUCAGAGACCCGAAAAAGAUAUAAAACAAAAUAAUUACAAAGUUUAACAUCGACGUCGGGAAUGUUGGAUUUAAUUCACCAUGAAGUUAACUAGUCGUUCCACGACUGGUAGGUAAGAUUUCAGGGGAAUUUUGGCUUUAGCUGAUUUGGAGGCCCUAGUCAUGAUUCCUUUGAGAGUUGGAUGACAUGACUGUGGUGGCUUCGUCAUCCAUUUUUCGAGAAAUAAUAGCUACUGAUUGGGAUUGUCGAUGAAGUUCUUAUUCGUGUUCUGUGAUGCGGGUUUGGAAGAAGGUGGCGGCUGGCGGGGUGUUGUAGUGGCAGUGGUAGUCCGGGUAAUCCUGAUCUGCUGGGUAUGUCGUAGUAUUUCGUGAGUAGUAAUAGACCAAUAAAUGGGAACAAUAAUACACAAAAUCUUGUUAUUAUUAUCAUUAAAUGUGGUUCAUUUCUUCUGCGACAAAUCCCUUCAAUGUCGUAUAGUAUCUAUAGCCUUGCAUUAAAGUUUUUUUUUGUAACAUUUCAAGCUUCUUUGUGAUUUUAUUAAUUUGUCACAUUUCCAUUGAAAAUAUCGAUAACUGGAAUUCUCCUUUUUCUCAUCUAACUGUCUUUCUUAGCAAUAAGAAAAUAUUAAGACCUGACCUUCCGGUCUACUGAAAUAGUUCACUGAAAAUUUUACUUUUAGUGUGUUAAAAAAUGUAAAUCUCGGAUACUUUUCUAGUCUAUCCGAAACGGAAUAAGCUUGAACGUUUCUUAAGCUACAGUUUCUCUGUCACUGUGUAACGCAUACAGCUUAAUGUUGAUCCUUUACCUAAUUUACGGUUUUCAUUAUUGGUCACUGUUUAACCAGAUCAGUAUAUGUUUGCUUUUCGGCUACUAUUCAACCAGAUCAAUACAUUUGUUUGUUUGUCACUGUUGAACCAAAUCAGUUCAUUUGUUUCUUGGUUGCUAUUCAAUCGCAUCAGUAUAUUUGUUUUUGGCUAUUAUUCAACCAGAUCAGUAAAUUUGUUUGUUGGUUACUGUUGAACCAGAUUUGAACAUUUGUUUGUUGGUUACUGUUGAACCAGAUUGGUAUAUUUGUUUGUUUGUCACUGUUGAACUAGAUCAGUACAUUUGUUUCUUGGUUGCUAUUCAAUUGCAUCAGUAUAUUUGUUUUUGGCUAUUAUUCAACCAGAUCAGUGCAUUUAUUUUUUGGUUAUUGUUCGACGAUAUCAGUAUAUAUUUGCUUUUUGGCUACUAUUAAACCAGAUCAAUACAUUUGUUUGUUUGUCACUGUUGAACUAGAUCAGUACAUUUGUUUCUUGGUUGUUAUUCAAUCGCAUCAGUAUAUUUGUUUUUGACUAUUAUUCAACCAGAUCAGUACAUUUGUUUGUUGGUUACUGUUGAACCAGAUUUGAACAUUUGUUAGUGGGUUACUGUUGAACCAGAUUGGUACAUUUGUUUGUUUGUCACUGUAGAACCAGAUCAGUAUAUUUGUUUCUUGCUUGUUAUUCAAUCGCAUCAGUAUAUUUGUUUUUGGCUAUUAUUCAACCAGAUCAGUAUGUUUGUUUAUUGGUUACUGUUGAACCAGAUUUGAACAUUUGUUUGUUGGUUACUGUUGAACCAGAUUGGUACAUUUGUUUGUUGCUUACUGAUGAACCAGAUCAGUACAUUUGUAUGUUGGUUACUGUUGAACCAGAUCAGUAUAUUUGUUUGUUGGUUACUGUUGAACCAGAUUUGAACAUUUGUUUGUUGGUUACUGUUGAACCAGAUUGGUACAUUUGUUUGUUGCUUACUGAUGAA